CAAAGGGUGAGGGUACUCCUCUAAGCCCUCCUUGUAGGUAGAGAGAGUAGUGAGGGAGAGGGAAGAGGUCUGACGCCCACCAACUUUUCUCCCUCGCUGCAGGGAAUCUCUCUUGAAACCUAAACGUCAGAGAGGAGACGAUUUGCUCGACACCCACCUUGUUUUUUCCGUCACUUGCUUGUAUCCUCCCGGAAAAAUGUAUUGAGGAACCUUCCAAUUUGGAAGACGAAGAAGAAGAAGAGCAGAAACAUCGAUAUGGGUAAGUGGGGAGUGGAAAGCAGAGAGAACAUGGGGAAGAUUGUAUCAGUUUCUACAUCGGAAGAGGCCUUCCAAUGGAAUCCGAUCGAUGGUAUUGUUCAGAACUGGAAAAAGAUGGAAAAAAUCGUCUCUUUAUCGUUAUCCGAUAUGGGUUUUGCAUGGAACGAGCCCAUGGUCGGCUUCGCUCCCGGUGGCUUGUUUGCUAGCGUUGGGCAGGUGGGUGUAGGCGUGGGGAUUCCUCCUAAUCAUCCGAGGGGGGAAGAUGGUCAGAGGCAGAUCCAGAGGAUGAUGGCGCCGGAGCUCCCUGGUGCGGAUCUGUAUGGGAAGUACUUGGCAUCAGUGACCCCGUCGUCGACUUCGUCUGAGUUGCCGCAGCUUGGGCUUUGUAAGAUUGAAAUUCCGGAGAAAGAGGCCGAGGAGGAGCUGGUUGAGGGAGUUAACACGAGAGUGAAGAAGAAGAACCGUUUUAGGAUUAGGGUCCGGAAUGCUUCACUGAGGCGAUUAAUCAGUGGUGCAGUUGCUGGAGCGGUUUCUAGGACGGCAGUGGCGCCGUUGGAGACGAUAAGGACUCAUCUGAUGGUUGGUAGCAGUGGGAACUCUACGCUGGAAGUGUUUAAGACUAUAAUGGAGGUAGAUGGAUGGAAGGGAUUGUUUAGGGGGAAUUUGGUUAAUGUUAUCCGGGUGGCCCCUAGCAAAGCUAUUGAGUUAUUUGCUUAUGACACAGUGAGAAAGGUCCUGUCACCUAAACCAGGAGAAUCUCCAAGUUUUCCAGUCCCAGCUUCUCUGAUCGCUGGAGCAGUGGCUGGUGUUAGCUCAACUUUGUGUACGUAUCCCUUGGAAUUAGUGAAGACCCGCUUGACCAUUCAGAGAGGCGUCUAUGAGAACCUGCUCCAUGCAUUUCUAAAAAUUAUACGAGAGGAAGGGCCUAAUGAACUUUACAGGGGUCUCACCCCAAGUCUGAUUGGUGUGGUGCCAUAUGCUGCCACUAAUUACUUUGCUUAUGAGACGCUCAGAAAAGCUUACAGGAAGGUCUUUAAAACUGAAGAAGUCGGAAAUAUUCCAACACUUAUGAUAGGUUCAGCUGCAGGUGCCAUUUCAAGCAGCACUACUUUCCCGUUGGAGGUGGCUAGGAAACAUAUGCAGGUGGGUGCCGUUAGUGGAAGACAGGUUUACAAGAAUAUGCUUCAUGCAUUGACAAGCAUAUUGGAAAAAGAGGGUAUUGGAGGGCUUUAUGUUGGAUUAGGGCCUAGUUGUAUGAAGUUGGUACCUGCAGCUGGCAUUGCAUUCAUGUGUUAUGAGGCCUGCAAAAGGAUACUUGUUGAGAAAGAAGAUGAAGGAUAGGUUUCUUUCACUAAUGGAUGGUUGGAGUUGAUGGCAAUGGUGCAUUCACUUCCUUUUUAAGGUGAGUGGGCAGGGACUGAACACUCCCGCAAGCUUAUCCUGACGGCAAGUUUUCCAGAAAUUGUUCUUCCUGUUCACCUGAACAAACCCUCAGUCUUUUUUCUUAUUUAUUUCAUCAGAGAUACAUUGGCUAAGAAAUGCCUCUAGAUGGAUGAAUUUAGUCUCUUGUUAUCUAGAAGUGAAAAUUAUGAAGGUUUUUCAUAAUUAUUAAGCGAAGGAAGCACAGGGGAUCCCAUUUAUACACCUUUUUAAACUGCCUUUCUCAAAGCUUCCAGUGGUUCAGAUGCAGAAAUCUAUGAUGGGAAGGUCGUAUCUUUAUCAUUCUUUCUGAUGCCAUGCAAGCUUGGAACUGAUUUAUGCUGCUGCAGAUCGAGGCCAAUUUUGGGGAAGAGUUUCCCGACUCAAGAGGGUCUUGGAACAGUUCUGCCAUCAGUAUGAUACUUGAAAUUUCCUUUUUCUGUUUCACUUUUGAUUAUGGCUGGGUUUGUCCCAUUCCGCUUGCCAUUCUCCUGGGCCAAAGUGGACUUGUUACUCUUCUUUGCUUCAAAAUAAGAAUGUUGCUAGUAUUUUUUGAGUUUC